AGAUGAUUUUUUUUUAAAUUAUCUUAUCUUUUGGCAACCAGAAAUUGAGAAGGAAGGAGUAGACAGGGAGGGAGAGAGAUGUAGAGAUACCUGCAGCCCUGCUUCACCACUUGCAAAUCUUUCCCCCUGCAGGGGGGCUUGAACCUGGAUCCUUUUACACUGUAACCUAUGUGCUCAGCCAGGUGCACCACUGCUCAGACCCCAGACUUGAUUCUUUACAGAAAAGUAUUUCCAGUUCUAAUGAAAAUAGUCACAUGAUGGUAUGGGUGGUAAGGGUCAGACCAACCUUAAUACUGAAGGGGUAUAAAGCAGUGUGAUUAUUGUAAGUUGUGGACACUUGAAGGGCCAGCAACAUACCUCAUUUGGUGGAGAGCCUACGACGUCAAUCAUGUGACCCAGAAUCUGCACAUAUCCAUGUAGGAGAGCAAAAUGUCGGAUGAUAUCAGGAAAAGGUUUGAAUUUCCAAAUUCUCUUAUUCAAUCACAGGCUGUGGGUCAUCUUAUUGCUGCAGUCCUGAAGGAAAAUGGUCUUUCAGAAAAGAUCCACCAAUCUACAAACCAGACUCCUGCUUUGAACUUGUUGUGGGAGAAGUGCUGCAGCGACAAUGUAGUGGUUCAAACAGCAUCCUGUGAAGGCUUGGUGGCACUUGUGGCUCAGGAUCAUGCAGAGUUCAACUAUGUUCUCAAUGGGAUACUCAACCUAAUUCCGUCAACCAGGAAUAUGCAUGGCUUGAUAAAAGCCAUUAUGAAGUUAUUACAGAUGCAAGCUCUUAAGGAAGGGCAUGGAGAAAAGAAGAAUAUUCAGGACAUAUAUACUAUUAGAAGUCAUCCUCAACCCUUGAUCACUGUAAUUGAACACCGACCUGAUUGCUGGCCAAUACUUUUACAGCAGCUGACAGCAUUUUUCCAGCAAUGCCCUGAAAGGUCAGAAGUUUCAUGUAUCCAAAUAAUGGCGCCAUUUCUGUGGUAUCUAUAUUGUGAACCAUCCCAGUCACAAUCAUAUGCUAAUCUUCGACUAACCUUGCUGAAAUUCUUACUCCAACCCCGGGUUCUUUGUAAUAAAGAACAACCAUCAAUAUUGGAACAAGGGAUACUUCAGCUGUUUUACAAUAUGAUUCCAUGUUUGCAGCUAAAAGACUUGAUGCAGACAACAGAAGCAAUGCUCUUUAUUGAAGAAGUGUAUUUAAGCCUUCUGCGUCAUCCUAUUUUUUGGAAAACUCAGCUGGCCCAUCUAACCCUUCAGAUCCUGUGUGUCUGUGAAGUUAGCUUAAAGAUGACUGGGGAAUGUUCAUCUUUAAUUCACCUUUUAGAGCAUAGUGUUGAGCUUCUGAAGGAGGAUUUUCCCAUUGAACUGGUCAUAAUUGGAAUAGCUUUACUACUUCUACAGACUCCAACAAGUCAGCAGAAGGCAAUCUUAAGUCUAGCACUGAAGCUCCUUUCUCCAGCUGAGGGUCAGAAAAUUCCAAAGUCAUCAUCGCUGCUAGUGAUGCCAAUUUUGCAGAUAUUAUCUUCGACUGCCUUGGAAGACUGUUUCACCACAGAUGCUGAAGGUCCUUCCAGACAGCAGUUAGCACUAACCCUUUUGGAACGGGUACAGCAGGAGUGCAAUAGAGAUGACCACCAAAACUUGUCCUGCAAGCUUGCAUUCCCCAUAACCAACAUGUUUGGUUCAAUACUUAGUACCUGGAGAAUCCUUGAUGUAUUAAGUGAAGAGUCUGCAGCAAGUGAUUGGUUGGCUUCAGUAGAGUCCUUGAUCCCCAUGAAUACUGCAGUCCCUGUGCAUGUUUUUCUUCUGCUGGCCUACCUCCUUAUUGAAGAUAAAGGGGCAAAUCUUCACCAGAUACUGAAGGUCACUACAGAAUUAACCCAAGCAGAUUCUUCUCAGGUACCAAAUCUGAUUCCAGUUUUGAUGUUCAAAUUAGGAAGACCAUUGGAACCUAUAUUAUAUCAUGAUAUCUUGUAUACUUUACCUACACUUGGUGUUCACAAGGUGUGCAUAGGACAAAUUCUACGAGUAAUUCAACUUCUUGGAGCAACUCCACAACUGAGAGCUAUUACUUUGCGUUUGUUGACAUUACUGUGGGAAAAGCAGGAUCGAGUCUAUCCUGAACUUCAGCGUUUCAUGGCCCUGUCUGAUGUGCCCUCUCUGUCUGUGGGCAAGGAAGUCCAGUGGGAGAAACUGAUCGCAAAAGCAGCAUCGAUCAGAGACAUAUGUAAACAAAGGCCCUAUCAGCACGGUGCAGAUAUGUUGGCAGCAAUUUCCCAGGUGUUAAAUGAAUGCACAAAGCCUGAUCAAGCUACUCCAGCAGCCUUAGUGUUACAAGGUCUUCAUGCGCUGUGCCAAGCUGAGGUGGUUUGUAUACGCUCCACUUGGGAUGCUCUCUCUCCAAAGCUGAGCUGUGACACACGACCUCUCAUUUUGAAGACCCUCAGUGAACUGUUUUCUCUGGUUCCUUCUUUAACAGUCAAUACAGCUGAAUAUGAGAAUUUUAAGAUUCAAGUCCUCAGCUUCCUCUGGACCCACACUCAAAGCAAGGAUCCACUUGUAGCAAGUGCUGCAUAUAAAUCUCUGUCACAUUUCACUGCUGGUGACCACACCAUUCUUCACCUUCCUGAAAAGAUAAGGCCAGAAAUUCCUGAUGAACCAGAUGAAGAUGAAGAAGAAGAUGGUGAUGAAAAAGAUAUCGACCUUUCCAUUCCAGGUUUCUGCUAUCUCAAACUGCUGUCUCUCACUGCUCCUGCAGUUCUACCAGCUUUAGAGGAGUUUUUUACAUCACUUGUGAAGCAAGAAAUGGUGAAUAUGCCUCGUGGAGUGUAUCACUCUGCAUUAAAAGGAGGUGCCCGCUCAGACCAAGGAAAGACUGUAGCAGGGAUCCCCAAUUUUAUAUUGAAAAUGUAUGAUACAAACAAACAACCAGGUCUGAAGCCUGGCCUUGCAGGUGGCAUGUUGUUUUGUUAUGACAUCUCAAUGUAUCAGAGUAAAGAUGGUAAGCCAUUGUACAGAUUAAUGGCCAAUAGAGGGCGAAGUUUCAAGCAGACAUCACUUGCCCUCGUGCAUGAGGUUCACAUCCAGCUUUUGGAGUGGCACCGUGCAAUGUUUCUCCCGCAGGCCUGGCUCGCAUAUAUGAGUCGAGCAUAUCAUGCCAUUUUACAGGGAAGAAUAGGAGAGCUGGAGUUGCAGUUAAAACAUGGAAAAGAAGAAGCUGAGGAAGUACAGUACAAAAAAAAUACAGCCUGGCUCUGGGUUCGAGAUAUGUUGACUGAUGAGAUCACCAAGGCAGCUGCAAAGGACAGCCCAGUGGUCAAAGGCAAUGCUCUGUUAGCCUUAAGCAGUCUUGCUGUUGUUGUAUCCAAACAGGAAGCCAGUCUUUCCUCGGACCUUGAUGGAGCCCUGGAGGUUCAACCUAAUUUUCUGUCAAUGAAAGAGUGGGUUUCUAUGGUGUUUGAUACGCUUUUGGUCAUUGUGGAUAGCCAUUACCAGCCCAGAGGACAGCUUUUCUCCUGGUUUUAUUAUAAAUCCUACUCUGGUGAAAACACAGCUAGUGCCAUUGCCCGUUCUGCUGCCGCCACAGCUCUGUCUCUCCUUGUGCCAGUUUUCAUUAUCUCUUGCAAAGAGAAGGUUGAGGAAAUCCUGAACAUGCUGACUGCCAGGUUACCUGGGAAACCAAGUGCUGAUGAGUCUCAAGCCGUGCAAAUCCACAUGGGCCUUGCUCUAGGGAUGUUCCUCUCUCGCUUGUGUGAGGAGAAACUCAGUGACGUAUCUGGCCAACAGAUGAACCUUCUUCUGAUGAAGUCUUUGGAUGCCUUGGAGAACUGCUGCUUUGACACUAGUCUUGAAUACAACACGGGCUGUAUAUUGGGAGUUGGACUUGUUCUGUCCCUCAUGAGCCACAGCAGUCAGAUGGAGUCACGAGUGCAUGUGGCAGCAUCGCUCCGGAAACUCUCGACCUACCUAGAUGACAGCGGGAGCCAGAGCCGAACCUUUCAGGAGGUCCUUGCCUAUACCCUUAGCUGUGUGUGUACAUCAGCAUUUAGUUCUGGAAUUGUUGAGGCUGCAGAGGCUGAAGAUAUUAUGAACAAGCUUCAACUUUUAGUAGAGAACAACCAGCAGACUUCCGGGUUUGCCCUGGCAUUAGGAAACAUUGUUCAUGGUUUGUCUGUAUGUGGACAUGGAAAAGCUGAAGACUUGGGCAACAAGCUGCUCCCCACCUGGAUGAGAAUUGCUUUGGCAGAGGGCACUCCCACAAUGCUUUGCUUGGCAGCUCUUCAUGGCAUGGUAGCCUUAGUAGGCUCUGAAGGGGUUGUAACACAGCUGAAGUCAGAAGCCAUCCAGACCUCUCAUUUUCAAGGGAAACUGAAUGAAGUCAUUAGAACUUUAACUCAGGUCAUCAGUGUGUCUGGGGUGAUUGGUCUUCAGUCAAAUGCCAUCUGGCUUCUGGGACAUCUUCAUCUGUCUACUCUGUCCUCAAAUCAAAGUAGAACCUCUGUUCCUACUGACUAUAGCUAUUUGCCUGAAAGCAGUUUUAUUAGAGCAGCUAUUGGCUUCUUCAUUACAGGCGGAAAAAAAGGUCCUGAAUCGGUGCCUCCUUCCCUUCUCAAAGUGGUGAUGAAACCCAUAUCAGCUGUUGGAGAAAGCUACCAAUACCCUCCUGUAAACUGGGCUUCACUCCUCUCACCACUUAUGAGACUAAACUUUGGUGAAGAGAUACAGCAGCUGUGCCUUGAAAUUUUGGUGACACAAGCACAGUCAUCCCAGAAUGCGGCUGCCCUGUUGGGAUUGUGGGUGAUGCCACCACUCGUCCAUGGUCUGAGUCUGAAUAUCAAGAAAUACCUCCUGGUAUCCGCAUCUCUGUGGAUAAAACACGUCUCCGAUGAACAGAUUGUGGGUUUUGUUGAAAACCUAAUGGUGGCAGUUUUUAAAACAGCUUCCUCAUUUUCCAACCCUGAUUUAUGCCUGAGUGCCUUACAAGGACUGAGCAAAGCCAUGAAACUGUCCAGUCCUGCUUUCCACCUCUGGAGUCAGCUCUGUGAAACUACUGGGAAAAUUUUUGACCUCUUGCCAAAUAAGAUUUGGAGAAAUGAUCUAGAGCUGUAUAUCAGUGUAGCAAAAUGUCUCUCAGAAUUGACAGAUGAUGAAGCUCGGCGGGUGACCCAGAUUACAGAGAACAAUAUAGAAAAGGCUGCCUUUGUCAGAUUAUACUUGAUCUCUCAAGGACGAUUCCCCUUGAUGGGUCUGACUGAUAUGCUUGGUGUUGCCGCACAAUAUGAUGAAAAAGACACGCUGGCCUGGAUGAUACUGCACAGUUUAUACCAGUCACGGAUAGUGAGCCAUGCCAACACAGGUGUACUGAAGAGAAUGGAAUGGCUCUUAGAAUUGAUGGGUUAUAUCAGAAACGUUGCAUAUCAAUCAACCUCUGUUCAAAAUGUGGCUCUUAAUGAGGCUUUAGACUUCUUGUUGCUGAUAUUUGCAACUGCAGUGGUUGCAUGGGCAGACCAUGUUGCACCUCUCCUCCUUGGUCUCAGUGCCAGUUGGUUGCCAUGGCAUCAGGAAAAUAGCCCAGCUGGGUCGGCAUCGAGCUUCCUUGGCAGGAGUCCAAUACACAAGGUCACUCUGCAAGAGGCACUCACUCUCCUUCCCAAUAGCAUGCCUCUUCUGCUUCAGAAAGAGCCAUGGAAGGAGCAGACCCAGAAGUUUAUUGACUGGCUAUUCAACAUCAUGGAAAGUCCUAAAGAAGCCCUCUCAGCAGAAUAUAGAGAUCUUUUAAAAGCUACACUGCUGUCCUUGAGAGUUCUCCCAGAAUUUAAGAGGAAAGUCAUAUGGACCAGAGCUUAUGGUUGGUGAACAGUUUUCACAGUAGCCAGUAGCCUUCUCAGCUGAAUGAGGAAAACCAUAGAAACUGAAGAAGUUUUUCAAUUUAGGUCCGGGAUCUCUGAAACAUGAUGCAAAGUUAAGGGUCAUGAAAAGGAGCAUCACAUAACCAACAGUAUGGCACAGAAAUGCCAGGACAUGGGGGGCAUUGCGUUGGUGUCCAGGCCAACUGAGACUGACACAAGAACUGAAAUUUUAUUUUAUUUGACUAGAGUUGAAUCUGAAGAUUUUCUUCAUGGAAAUUUAACUGUAUCAUCUCCUCCCCACUCCCCAAAUCCUAGUAAAAUAAUAUUGUGCA